UUCUUCAUUAUGCUCUGCAUUUUAGUCCUGUCUUUCUCUGCUUUGCUAACACCCUGCACUUCUUUGCAUAUUCAACUGCAACCAUCGAAUAAACAAGCUGCAGCGAACGACGAACUCCAAUCCUCUCUCCCUACAUUGCCAAGGAAGCUUAGAUUCACUGAAAAAGUAACUAUUGCCGGACAAGAAGGUAAAGAUUAUGCACCUCCCAACAAGCAGAAGGAAAAUGUUUCAGCCGCAGGUGGUAAUGAUAUUAAACCAAAAUUCCAGAAAGAAAAAGAAAGUGUGCAAAGAAGCAGCGGAACAUGGCAGGAAUGGAUGGAAGGGGAAGACACAUCAGAGUUCUUCACAAUGGAUUAUUCCAAAGUAAGAAGACGACGCCCCAUACACAACAAGUCCCGCCCAGAAGUUUCUCCAUAAAACAUGAAUGCAUGCAUGCUGCCAUGGUCGACCAUACAACAAAUUAAAAGAGAAGAGAUGAUAGAUAUCAACAAAACUUUUAACUUUUGGUAUUUAUAGAAAUUAAUUAUUAAUGUUGUUAUUGUAAUAUAUAGUAGCGAAAUGAGGAGAGUGUUUUGUUAA